GUGCAGCAGAUUACGAAGCUUGUGUUCAGGGCGCUUGUCGAUCAAAUGAUUGCGUUCGAUGAAGCAAAUCUCCUGGUUGAGAAGGAGAACUGAAACAAGCACUGGAGUUAUACCCCGCCCCCAACUAGCUGACACCGACACAACUAGCGAGUUCCUUGUCGCGCACGGGUCAACAUCAUGAGUUCCUCCUUUUACAUCGAGUCGCUAAUCCAAAGCAGUAAACCGAAAAGUUCCAGCGCUUCUAUCUCAGAAACAAGACGCAGCUUCGAGCCAACUGUUCCCUGUUCUUGCUGUUGGACUCCUUCGCAAUCGGAAGCCUCAGGAUUAUGUCAGCUCUGUAUUCCAACAAGUCCUGCGGUUCAUCCGUUUUUACACGUCCGCGGAGCAACCAUACCUGAUGCAGCGAGCCUGUACUCAAAAGCCGAGUUUCUGAAAGCGGAACAUGCUCAUUUACAGCCUCACUAUGCAAGCAGCGAAGAAGAUCGCCUUCGCUUAGUGUCAUACGUUUCCCGAGCCGCUGAGCCGAAUAAUGUGAACAGGGGAAAUUCAAGAUCAAAACGCAUUCGUACAGCAUACACAAGCAUGCAGUUACUGGAGCUCGAAAAAGAAUUCAGCCAGAACAGAUACCUCUCCCGCCUUCGCAGGAUUCAAAUCGCUGCACUUUUAGAUUUAUCCGAGAAACAAGUUAAGAUCUGGUUCCAGAAUCGCCGAGUCAAAUGGAAAAAGGACAAAAAAGCUGCCCAACACCAAGUGACAGAAAGCACUCAAAGCCCGCUUUCCCCUUCAAGUUAGAGUGGUCCCGUUGAUUAUUUCUGCGUCCUCUAAAAGACAGCAAAUUACGUACAUGUAAAUAUGUAGAGAAUUGUAGAAGGUAACGACUUUUUUUGUACAAUAGUUUAACGGAACAAAAAGGUGUCUAAAAUGGCUGCGUUAAUCGGAUAAUUCAUUAUAAGGCUAAUUAAUUUCUUGGUGAAAUGCAUCGACUCUGUCACAUCCACGCGAUAAGACACGAUAAUCAUCACCUCGAACUGCAUUCGACAUCAGAAGGAUUUAUCAGAGUCGUAAAUAUAUGAAAGAACGAUCGAUCACGCAUGUCUUCUUUUGUAUCUGUAUUGCUAGUAUCAGGCAAGUACAGUUUGUAUUUCAGGAACCAAGGAUGUACAAAGUACUUCAAGAACAUAUGUUCAGUCUAAUUGUUGUAAAAAAAAUUAACGAGGGUCUUUAGUAAUGAAAGGCCAUUGGUUCUUCCA